GCCGGCGGCCUGAGGGAGCGGCGCGCCCCGACAUGUCUGCCGGCAUUUCGGCGCAGAUGACUAAGGUUUUCCUGGAAGUUUCCUGGUCUCUCUUUUUAAGUGCUGUUGAGGUGAAAAAGGGAACAAGGGAUGAAUUGCAGCCAUUGCUUCAUGAGCAGAAUACUUGUAGAACUGUUUUCUACUUACCUGAAGAUGUCAUGUAAAUGGGAGCAUCUUUCCUACAAAGGUGUUGUUUGGAUUGUAGCAUAGAGGCACUAUGUACUCAGAGUGGAGAUCCUUGCAUCUUGUCAUUCAAAAUGAUCAGGGGAACACCAGUGUACUUCACAGCUAUCCUGAGAAUGUGGGGAGAGAAGUGGCAAAUGCAGUGGUGCGUCCUCUUGGGCAAGCUUUAAUUACAUCAUCUGUUGGAAGUGAGAGUUUACUAAAAACAGACAAAGAAGUAAAAUGGACUAUGGAGGUGGUUUGUUAUGGACUAACUCUCCCUUUGGACGGCGAUACUGUGAAAUACUGUGUGGAUGUGUAUACAGAUUGGAUUAUGGCUCUUGUGUUACCUAAGGACUCCAUUCCCUUACCUGUUAUUAAGGAACCAAACCUUUAUGUUCAAAGCAUCCUCAAACAUCUCCAAAAUCUCUUUGUACCAAGGCCAGACCCAGGAUCCAGUCAGAUCAGACUGUGCUUGCAGGUUUUGAAAGCUGUCCAGAAGCUGGCACAUGAGUCAACAAUUAUGGCAAGAGAAACCUGGGAGGUUUUGUUAUUAUUUCUUCUUCAGAUCAAUGACACUCUUCUAGCAGCUCCAACUGUGCAAGGUGGCAUUGCUGAGAAUCUGGCUGAGAAAUUAAUUGGCGUGCUGUUUGAGGUAUGGUUACUCGCUUGUACACGGUGCUUUCCAACACCUCCUUACUGGAAAACUGCCAAAGAGAUGGUGGCUAACUGGCGACAUCAUCCUGCAGUAGUUGAACAGUGGAGCAAGGUCAUUUGUGCCCUUACUUCCAGGUUGCUGCGUUUUACAUAUGGACCUUCAUUUCCUCCAUUCAAAAUUCCUGAUGAAGAUGCUGGUCUGAUUCCUCUUGAAAUGGAUAAUGAGUGUGUUGCACAAACGUGGUUUCGCUUUUUACAUAUGCUGAGUAAUCCUGUGGAUUUGAGUAACCCAGCCAUUAUUAGCUCUACCCCCAAAUUUCAGGAGCAAUUUCUGAAUGUGAGUGGGAUGACUCAAGAACUGAAUCAGUACCCCUGCCUUAAACAUCUGCCUCAAAUAUUCUUUCGUGCCAUGCGUGGAAUCAGCUGUUUAGUGGAUGCAUUCCUAGGCAUUUCACGACCCCGGUCAGACAGCGCACCGCCCACGCCAGUGAACAGGCUGAGCAUGCCCCAGAACACUGCUACCAACACCACUCCACCACACAACCGGCGGCAUCGGGCAGUGACGGUGAACAAAGUGACAAUGAAAACCAGCACUGUAACUACUGCACAUCCUUCAAAAGUGCAGCACCAACCUUCCUCUACUUCUCCGCUCUCUAGCCCAAACCAAACAAGCUCUGAGCCUCGGCCGCUUCCAGCUCCUCGCAGGCCAAAGGUUAACAGCAUCUUGAACCUCUUUGGAUCAUGGUUAUUUGAUGCAGCAUUUGUUCACUGUAAACUUCAUAAUGGAAUAAACAGAGACAGCAGCAUGACUGCAUCUUUUAUCCAAAUUCUUCUUUCUUAUAAAUCUUCUAUAGCGACACAGGCUAGUGUGGAGUUCCGCCGGAAAGGAUCCCAAAUGUCCACAGACACUCUGGCUUCCAACCCCACGUUUGAUGCAAGUGAAUUCCCAGACAACUAUGAAGCGGGAAGGGCAGAGGCGUGCGGGACACUGUGUAGGAUAUUUUGUAGCAAGAAGACUGGGGAGGAAAUAUUACCAGCUUACUUAUCCCGAUUUUACAUGCUUUUAAUUCAGGGUUUGCAGAUAGCAGAUUUCGUUUGCCACCCGGUUCUUGCCAGUGUUAUUCUAAACUCCUCUCCUCUGUUCUGCUGUGACCUGAAAGGCAUUGAUGUUGUGGUUCCCUACUUCAUUUCAGCUUUGGAAACUAUUUUACCUGACAGGGAACUAUCAAAGUUUAAAAUCUAUGUAAACCCCACAGAGCUAAGAAGAGCUUCCAUUAACAUCUUGCUAUCUCUUUUACCUCUCCCUCAUCAUUUUGGAACAAUAAAGUCUGAGGUUGUCCUGGAAGGGAAAUUCAGCAAUGAUGACAGCUCAGCAUAUGAUAAGCCAGUAACAUUCCUGUCCUUGAAGCUGCGGCUUGUGAAUAUCCUUAUAGGAGCUUUACAAACGGAAACUGAUCCCAACAACACUCAAAUGAUACUAGGUGCAAUGUUAAAUAUCGUUCAGGAUUCAGCACUGCUAGAAGCCAUUGGCUGUCAGAUGGAAACGAAUGGUGGUGAAAACAACCUCUUCAAAAGCCACAGUCGCACUAAUAGUGGCAUUAGCACUGCGAGUGGUGGCAGCACAGAGCCUACGACACCUGACAGUGAGCGGCCAGCACAGGCCCUCCUGAGGGAUUAUGCUCUUCAUACAGAUACAGCUGCUGGAUUGCUGAUCCGCAGCAUUCACCUGGUAACCCAAAGGCUCAACUCCCAGUGGAGGCAGGACAUGAGUAUCUCUCUGGCUGCCCUGGAGCUGCUUUCUGGACUCGCAAAGGUGAAGGUGGUGGUGGAUCCCUCCGAUCGGAAGCGUGCGAUCAGCUCUGUGUGCAGCUACAUCGUCUACCAGUGCAGUCGUCCAGCGCCGCUGCACUCCCGGGACCUGCACUCCAUGAUCGUGGCUGCUUUCCAGUGCCUCUGUGUCUGGCUCACGGAGCACCCCGACAUGCUGGAUGAGAAGGAUUGUUUAAAAGAGGUACUGGAGAUUGUGGAGCUGGGCAUUUCAGGGAGUAAAUCCAAAAACAGUGAACAGGAGGUCAAGUACAAAGGAGAUAAGGAGCCAAACCCUGCAUCCAUGCGAGUGAAGGAUGCUGCUGAAGCUACACUAACAUGCAUUAUGCAGUUGCUUGGAGCAUUUCCUUCUCCUAGUGGUCCUGCUUCUCCUUGCAGUUUGGUGAAUGAAACCACGUUAAUUAAAUAUUCCCGUCUCCCUACCAUAAACAAGCACAGCUUCCGUUACUUUGUUUUGGAUAACAGUGUCAUCCUGGCCAUGUUGGAGCAGCCUCUAGGGAAUGAACAGAAUGACUCUUUCCCCUCUGUCACGGUUUUGAUCCGUGGGACAUCUGGAAGAUUUGCGUGGGCCCAGCAACUCUGUCUUUUACCAAGAGGAGUUAAAGCAAAUCAAAAGACAUUUGUACCAGAACCUCGACCAGCUCCUAAAAAUGAUGUGGGGUUGAAAUACAGUGUGAAACACCGCCCUUUUCCUGAAGAAGUGGACAAGAUUCCAUUUGUGAAAGCUGACUUGAGCAUUCCUGAUUUACAUGAAAUCGUGAAUCAGGAACUCGAAGAGCGCCAUGAGAAGCUGAGGAAUGGCAUGGCUCAGCAGAUUGUCUUUGAGACUUCCAUCGAUCAGAGAAGUGAAGAGGAGUGGCGGAAGAAGAGCUUUCCUGAUCCCAUCACAGAGUGUAAGCCCCCGCCACCAGCACAGGAGUUCCAGACAGCACGUUUGUUCCUCUCUCACUUCGGGUUCCUCUCGUUAGAGGCAUUGAAGGAACCUGCAAACAGUCGUCUACCUCCUCACCUGAUUGCACUUGACUCUGCUCUUCCUGGGUUUUUUGAUGACCUUGGCUACUUGGAUUUGUUACCUUGCCGUCCUUUUGAUACUGUUUUCAUUUUCUACAUGAAGGCAGGCCAGAAAACUAGCCAGGAGAUCCUGAAGAACAUGGAGUCUUCCAAAAUUGUUCAGCCCCACUUCCUGGAGUUCUUACUGUCUCUUGGCUGGUCUGUUGACGUUGGGAAGCACCCUGGGUGGACUGGUCAUGUCUCAACAAGCUGGUCAAUCAACAGCUGCAGUGAUGAAGAGGGACCUGAACAUGAUGAUCUAAUUAUCUCAGAAGAUGUUGGGGCAAGUAUCUUCAAUGGGCAGAAGAAAGUGCUGUAUUAUGCAGAUGCCCUGACAGAAAUUGCCUUUGUUGUCCCAUCACCAGUGGAAUCCCUGACUGAUUCACUGGAAAGCAGUGUCUCUGACCAAGAAAGUGACUCCAACAUGGAUCUGCUGCCAGGAAUAUUGAAGCAGCAGCCUCUGACACUGGAACUCUUCCCCAGUCAUACAGACAAUCUUAAUCCCUCCCAGCGGCUCAGCCCUACUUCUAGAUCCAAGAGGAUGCCUCAGGGCCGAACCAUUCCACCAAUGGGACCUGAAACGAAAGUGUAUGUGGUCUGGGUGGAACGUUAUGAUGAUAUAGAAAACUUCCCCCUCCCUGAUCUGGUAUCUGAGACUAGCACUGGUGUGGAAACCACAGCCAAUAGUAGCACUUCCCUGAGAUCUACCAUUCCUGAGAAGGAAGUUCCUGUGAUCUUCAUCCAUCCUUUAAACACUGGCUUAUUCAGGAUAAAACUACAAGGAGCAACUGGGAAAUUCAACAUGGUUAUCCCACUGGUGGAUGGAAUGAUAGUCAGUAGGAGAGCUCUUGGUUUUUUAGUGAGACAGACAGUAAUAAAUAUUUGUCGGAGAAAGAGGCUGGAAAGCGAUUCAUACAACCCCCCCCACGUCCGCCGAAAACAGAAAAUAGCAGAUAUUGUCAAUAAAUACCGCAACAGGCAGCUGGAGCCAGAGUUUUAUACCUCGCUUUUCCAGGAGGUUGGGCUUAAGAACUGCAACCCCUAGGUCAUUAUCCUUCCAGGACAAUUAGGUCAGAGCUUGGUGGCUACACUAAUGAAAACAGUUAAAUAACAACAACAAUUUUUCUCAGCCCUCCGGAAUUCAGGAAAUCAUGUUCUAGCACAAGUCAGCAGAUCCCAUGUGGGAGGAAUGAGAAAUGAAUCCGAAACAUUGCAGUUGAGAUACUGACUUGAUUCACCUACCCUCAUAAGAUUACUGAAUUCCAGUCUUCCUGGGUACUAGCAAAAUUAUCUCUUCACCCAGUCAUCCUUUCCAGACUAAUUAGGAACUGUAAGUGUCUUGCUCUGAGGGGAAAACAAUCAAAGUAAAACCACCUCUGCACGUGAAGAUGGAAAUAAGAAUACAGACAAACCUGCCCUUAGACACACCUUUGCUGUAUCCACAUGCCCAAGGGCAAGGGAGCCGGAUCUUUCCUUGGAGGAAGAGUCUAUUCCAGAGCAUCACCUUUCCCUGUAAGAGAAUGUCAAAGAUAUUUUCACCGCCUCUUCAGUGAGAAGACCCUCUUCAACAGAAGAUUCUUCACUGGGUGUAACCCAUCUAUGUACCAGAAACAAGAGGAGGAAGAUUGCUUGGAAAGAGCAGGCCCUGAAAUCCAGGGCCCAGAUGCUGUAUGUGGCCACUCCCUCCAGGGCUCUGAGUGAAUCCAUCUGCAUGUGAGACAGCCACCACUACCUGAAAUUAACUGACUUUCCAAAAGGAGUUAUUACCAGAUAAGAGCUUUUGGUUAUAUAAAAGCAACAUUAUCACUUUCAGGUCUGUUGCAAAAUGUCACAUUUAAUUUCAGUAGCUUGAUUUUUAUUUUUAAUUUUUUUAGUGCAACUACUUAAUUUAUUUUGAAGCAUCUGUAUCACCUACUCACCAUUUCCAUAAAAAGCAUAAACAUCACUUGCCUUCCUUCCAUUGGAUUGAAGUCUGAGAUUUUUGGGGCUGCCUCCUCCCUGUUAUUUAUAGCAUGAGCAGUUUUUGCAGCUUCUACAACACUUUUCAGAAGCUCCUGUUAAACAGACUGAACAACUCAAAAAGAAAAGUCACAAAUUCAUUUUUCCCCAUUAAUUUCAAUGCCAUGAAAGCCUCCUUGGGGUUAUAACUUCACAUUGUUUUGAAUCUCGUGUAUGUUCUCACAUUCGGCAGCAGUGCUUCCCUUCCACCUAGGUUUUCAUUUUCAGGCUGUGGCUUUGAUCUGUUCAGGACUCAAAAGAUGUGCUGGGAAGAGGUGUUUGCAGCUACAGGUGUGAUACUGGGAUCUCAGAAGUGGUGGGUGUGGGCAGCCCUGGGAGUACCUCUGACUCCUGGCUCAUCCCAGCUGGUAUUGCAGCAGUGAAUUGGGGCUGCCACUCCUGGGGAGGUGCAGCCUGACAGCAGCAGGGAAUCCUGAUCCUUCCAGCACCAAGUAAUGGAAGAGGAUGACUUAGCAGGAAUUUGGGGAGCUCUUCACAUCAUUUCCAAAGUGGUUUUAAUAAGCUGUGCUAUGUAUUGCAGUAAUGCUUGUCAGGCAUUGAAUUUUGAUAUUUCAGAGCUACUUUUUGCAACAGUUCUGACCUGAAGCAGUCUUAAUUGUUUCAUUACAGCUUAUCUGCCAAGGACAGAGCUCACUCCUGGCUUUCCAUGUGGUUUUUCACAAAGAGUUCAUGGAAGCACAGGCCCCUAAAAAUACAUGUGAAUGGACUUUGAGGUGGUCAGCCAAGGUGUUGUCUGCUUGUUGUAGGGAACAAGUGCACUGACUUCUUAAUUUGGGAGCUCUGGGAUUUGAUCCAGAUGAAUAAAAAGUGGCAGGAUGCGUGCUGCCCGGGUGGCACAUGGCAGGAGGAGCUCCAGGGCUGCAUUUGGGUGCAUUGGCCAAGCUGUGCAGAGAACUUGGACAAACUCUUGCCCGGAGCAGUUUGAUGCACACUUGCUAAAUUUACCCACACUGUGAAUGCCCCUGUUGGAUCUAAUUAAUGGCCAAACAAACUUGAGCCCACUGGUUUAAAAGGCAUGAGCAAUGCAUGUGUAACCAAUAAACAUCCUGAGCAAUCCCUGUGUCUGCACACUGAUAGUGUCACAGCAACCCCACUUCCCAUGGCUGGGUGUUAAACAGCCCGGGCAGAUGCAGCACAGCUGCACCAGGUGCUGCUGUCAUGCUGCUGGGAGCAGUCACAAAUGCAGAGAUGGGCAUUGGGGCAAACCCUGAGUGGUUUUCUGGCAGGGAUAGGCAAGUGGACUGCCUGAAAAUUUACUUUCUUUAAAAAGACCUGUACUUGGCUGAAGGGUUGUCUUGGGUCUAUUUCCAUGUUCACCUAAAGGCACCCAUGGGAGCAGUAACAGCUGUGAGAGCUGUAUGGCAGGAGUUUGGAAAGAAGGGAACUUGGUCAUGUUGUGGCCCCUCCCAAUGCCAGGGGAUGGAUGUUUAAAAUGCGUCAGUUGAGUUGUAGAACCAGCUGGUGAGCAGGUUACAGGUAGUGUGACCUGGCUGUAGGUGCAGGGAUUGGCCCUCUGGAAAAGUGAGCCUUCAAGAAAGUCAUAGUUCAGUGUAAAAAUGUUGUGAUGCAGAACUGUGCUGCCAUCCCUCAAGGUUUGGGUGCUGGUCACAGCAGUGGGCAAACUGUGCCAGUGCAGGGUGCCUGCAGGGACUGUCCCUCCUUCCCCAGGACGUGUGUAUGUCCCAGGCUUCCUAACAAAAUGCACCCUACCAGUCUGGGAAUUAUAUCCAUCUCCUGUCAAAGUCUGACCAAACUCUGAGGGCUUUAGCUAGUCCAGAGCACUGUCUUGAGAGUGUUUUCCCUGAAGGGCCAGAGCAAACGAGGUUAUUUCUAUGGUGAUUGCAAGAGUUAGCCAAGAAUCCAGUUUAUUUUUUUAAUAUCAUAAACUGCUGCAUAAAAAUUUUUAAUUGCUGAGUCAAGUGGCUUGGAUCAGCAUCCCUGUCCAGAAGGGAUGAGUGCUGACACCGCCCACCCCCCGACCUGCAAGUGAUUCACAGUAAUUAAACUGGGACCCUUCACCAAACCUUUCAGUUUGGGUUCAUAAUUCUGUUUUAACAGAGCAGGAGGUGACCACGGUCACAUUGUUAAACACAGUGUUGAAAUUACAUUUUAGUACCUUUAAGAGACACUUUUAAAGAAAAGCCAUUCUUUUAAAGGUACUUCUAGAAAGGCAUUAGAACCUUACAGCAAGCAGGAGAGGGGGAUGACAGUGCCUGUGGAAAUUGAUGCACCUGGGGGUAGCAGAGUGCAAAGCCCAAGGGAGGAGCAUCCCUGGCUGCCCUUGGGCUGUAUCUGCUGGAUUCUCCCUAGGUCAGUGUUUCUUUUCACAAGGUUUUGCAUGCCCAGGAAGAGGAGGGAACUAAAUUUCAGCCUCACGGGCAAAUUUGAUGCAUUUUCGUGAUUGUGCAAUUGAGUAAUACCUUCGAAGGCAAACACAGCCCUUUUCCCCCUGGAUUUAGCAGGAGCAAUUAGAAGUGAGAAUGCCAGAUAUCAUGUGCUUCAAUCAUAGACAAUUUGUAUGAAUUCCUGUAUGUUGCCAAGACAUGAACAUUCUGUUCUUAUUGUAUUUUUCUGUAAAUAUUCCUGGCACUAAGUUGUAAAGUAAAGGCAAAAUGUAAAUAUGAAGAUGUGAACUAUGUUCUGUUGUCUCUAGUACUUUAUCUCUUAUUUGUUUAGGGAAGGCACACAAAGGCUUGUUUGUAUUUAUGCCAAUUCUUUGUCCAGGAGAAACACAUCAAAUAUUGAAUGUAACACAAUUAGUCCAAUAAAUUUUAAAGAUUCUUAUCUAGUAA